GUACUGCUGAGCUACUGGAUGGAUCGAUGUGUGAACGCAUCAACAAAGGGGGUUAGUGCCGAUCUGAAGUGUGUAUGCAAAUGUUGAAGAACUAAAUAAGUUGGAGCAUUUUUUACGACAAACUUUCGGUGGCCCAAGUCUAGUACUGACUUAGAACCAAGAACACACGUACACAAGUCCCGGCACUGCCGCGCCGCGUGCGUCGUGGGGUUGCGAAGAUAAGACAGAGACACUGAACGCAAUGCGAGAAACGUAGAACACGUUGGACUAGAACUCUUGAACCCAAUUGGUAAGACCGUUCAAAAUUGGUUGAAGCCGGCAAAACCGGCGUGGCGUGGACGACUGGCGCGUACUUUUUUCGGCCGGCAGAAUAUGGCUGACGCGUGACGAUCAACCUCCCGAGGGACAUCGCGUGACAGGCAGAGCGCGGACAAAUCACGACCAUGACUAGAGAGAUUUCCAGGCGUAGAUUUAGACAACUUGAACUGCUCACGAACAAUGUUCCGCCGGUGCUAGUGAUUUGAGUUUGCACUGCGAAAAAUGGUUAAAGCUCAGGUAGAAUAGUGUGUUUUAUUACGUGGUUAGGAGUGAGGGUGGAAGAAUAUAGAACAGCAUUCAUCAUGCUGGAAGAAGAAUUGGAGAUUGCGCUGAAGGUGAUCGUGGUCGGUAAUGGAGGCGUCGGAAAGACGUCAAUGGUGCAGCGGUACUGUAAAGGAAUCUACACAAAGGACUACAAGAAAACGAUAGGCGUUGAUUUUCUCGAGCGACAGAUCGAACUUGAUGGUGAAGAUAUUCGUAUCAUGCUGUGGGACACCGCCGGGCAGGAGGAGUUCGAUGCAAUUACGAAAGCAUAUUACCGAGGGGCACAAGCCUGCGUGUUGACCUUCAGCACGACGGACAGAGCUUCGUUCGAGGCGAUCCGCGAGUGGAAGGUGAAGGUGGAAAACGAGUGCAGUGAAAUCCCGACCGUGCUAGUCCAGAACAAAAUCGACCUCAUGGAUAAGGCCGUGGUGUCGUUCGAUGAGGCCGAGGCAUUAGCCCAAUCGCUCGGCUGCCGGCUGAUACGGACCUCGGUCAAGGAGGACGUCAACGUGGCCAGUGUGUUCCGCUAUCUGGCGAAUAAGUGCCACCAGCAGAUGAAGCAGCAGUACAAUGCCGCGACACCGAUCACGCAGCCCACGAUCAGUGCAUUUAGUCCCACUUUCCAGUCGAAAGCCACCAACAACACCAUUCAACUAACAAGGCCAUCCGUUAAACGAAAACCACUGCAGAAAAGGUGUGGUAUUUUUUAAACCGAACAGGGAAUUCCGGGGAGACACGGAGUGCGAGGUAUAGAAAUGAUGAUGAUGAUGAUAGCAAUUGUUUAUUUAUCUGUGAGCUAAUUUCCACUGUCCUCGCUUUUUCCCAGGCAGGGAAUGGGACAUGGGCGGCGCUCUCUUGUUGAUAAUUGUUAAAUUGCACGUCGGAAAUAAGUGGAGAAAUUGUUAGAGCAGUGAGUAGUAUUUUCAUGUAAUUGUAUUAUUUUUUUAAUUCUAGGAACUGAAGCUAGUUAGGAUUUAUAUGAAAUUUGUGCCGCUCAACGAAUCUUCACAAAGAUGUAGGUUUAAGAACCUUGGCAGAAGAGAAAUGUUAGGGAACGAGAGAGAUGCGGUUGAUUCAGAGAGCACGAUAUGUGGUUGUGAUUUGGUGGAUCGAUUGAGGUGUGAUUUUUUUUUCUAAUAAGAACCAAAUUUAUUCCAAAGUGAUGUCUAAAUCAAACGUGGCUUUUAGCAAACAGACGUGAUAGCUUUUGUCAAUUGAGGUUUCUCUUAGCGGGGGGCAAUGGCCCCGGUUAUUUGCAAAACUGGAAUAUAUAAUAUGGGCAAGUUCUUGAAUUUAAUUACUUGAGUUUAGAAAAUAAUUGUUUUUGAGCAUUCGCAUACUGUUUGAAUCAUAGACAUUCUUCAAUACUCAACGAAAAAAGGUUUUCGAUAUGUAUAAUAUCGUCAUAGUUUGCCAUUUAGGAAAAACAUACCGUUGGGUAACAACAAAUUUUUAGAAUUGUGUGUAUGAAAACAAUGUUUCUUCUUGAUUUUCUUGGCAUAACGUCCCCACUGAGACAAAGCCUGCUUCUCAGCCUGUUUUAUGAGUGCUUUGCAACUGCCAAUGAUCAUGUUGCAUGUGUAUUAGGGUGGGUUAACGUUGUAUGGGAAAAUUAAAAAUUGAUCAGAUUUAUUUAGAUCAAAGUUUUAAAGAUGCUUUUUGGGUUCCCAAACACUUGUACAAAAUUUUGACUUGAGUUGGUUUAGCCUACAUUUUGCGCAUCGCGAUUGAAGUAUGUAUGGGAUUUUACAUGGGAAAACAUACCUUUUCGUAUUUUUUGCUCAAAAAUGUCCUAUACCAUAUAACCGCUUUUGUUAAAGAAUAGCCCAGGAUGUGUCAAAAAACUUUGUCGAGGACCGCAAAGUGAUCCGAUGCACGUGGAAAAACAAACGCUCUUGGAAAGUCUGGCCAAAAUUUUAGAUUUUAUGAUUGAUGUUAUUUCUUUACAGUUAAAAGCUGUUAAAAGUUGAGCACACUCAGGCAAUCAGUAAGUUAUAACUCUUGUUACCAAACUCGAAUUGUUUUUCAGUCUUCGGUAAAGUUUUUCAGGAUAUCAAAAGCUAUACUUUUAAAUAAUCGGUUACAUACUUUCAGAAUAAUUUUAUUCUAUUAUAAGGAAAAUUCAAAAAAGUAAGUUUUCCCAUAUAUAAUCCCAUACACAUUUCAAUCACGAUGCGCUCAAACUUUGUACAGUCACUCAUGGCUCGAAAUGGAUUAAUAAAACUUGAUCUGAAAAAAAAAACGAUCUCUAUGACCCACGCCAAUGUCUAUAUACUGUGACAGGCGAUACUCUAUGCCCAAGUCAAAGAUUUUUCCUUUACGAAAAGUUCCUGGACUGGGAAUCGAUCCAGUCCCUCUCAGCCUGAUCAUGCUGAAUACCCACGCCUUUGCAGAUGUAGCAGUUUAACGAUCAGGAAGAGGCGAACAUUUUAGCAAAUUCUUUGCUAUGAUGAAAUUGAAUGUUACACUACUAUAUUUUCGACUAUUUUUUUUGGAAAUUUAUUGUCCUAGCUCUUGCAGUUUUUCUUCUGAAGAUCCGAUAAAACUUAUCUAGUAGUCCCAACAAUCUUUGUUGCUGUACAACAGGUGAAUAAACCGUUUUAUUGCUUGACUUAAAUAAUUUUGGCUUAAGAAGCUGCUAUAGAGCUAUCAUUGUUGGGGUAUCUUUAGGUAUUUUACCCCAAAUUGUUAUAGAAUUUAUUUGAAAGUCUGGUUUUCUCUGAGCUCUCAAAGUUCCCAAUAGCUUUUUUUUUUUUCAAUUGAAGCGUAUGAUUAAGCUUAAUUUGAAGUAGUUAAAAAAAUCAUUCUGAAAACUUGCUUACAAAUCACAUUCAAACUUCUAAAAAAAUUCUUUCGCUCAGUAGAAACCCAUCCGAAGCUUUUUUUAUGCAAAUAUCUACGUUAUAUCUUCCAUGAAUUAAAAAAGCAUUUUUUUUCAGAGUUUCUUCAUUUCUUACUAAACGACCAUUCAAAGUAUUGUCACGUUGAUAUCAAAAAGAUAUAUCCAUAUUAUUUACCUCUGAAUUACAAUAAACUAUAUGUAAGAUAAAAUUCCUGGAGCUCGCUCAGAAAUUGUUUUUUGGGAUAGUUCACAAAUAUGUGCACUGCGCAGUUCUAUGAAAGUCAGAUCAAAAUUAUAUACCCAUUAUAUACCCAAUAAUUCAUCAAAAUCACAUUGAGAGAGUGUGGUUUCUAUUCUCGAUCAAUCCGAUAUUUUUUUUUGUAAGAUGUGCAAUAUAGUACUGACCUGAUUUUGUCAGAUUUUUUUACCAGAUGAUGUAAGCCUUUUCCAAACAAGGAAAAUAAAAACGACAUUUAUUAUUCCUUGUUGGGUAUUUAAGUCACUGCGACCUGUUGACAGAUCUAUUGUGACUUAUUUCCCAUUUUCAUUUAGCUUAGUCAAGUUGACGCAUUACCAUUCCCAAGUAACCACAGUGCUGAAGCCUUAUUGCAUGCAGAUAUACGGUGUAUUUAGUGCAAUCCACAUUGGUCGGGCUCCAUACAAAGGGGCGGCCAAAACUCUCAAAAAAUGGAAUUGAUAUUUUUAAACUUUUUUUCGGCUUAUAACAAAGAUAAUGUAUUGUAGUUUUAUGAUUCUUAAUUAAAAGCAUAUCAGCUUUUGUAUUUCAAUGACAUUUUCACUGCCAAAGUGGCCUAAAUCAUAAAAUUGAAAAAUGAAUUAUUCGAAAAAAGUAAAAUAAUAAUAGUUUUCGAAUGGAAUAUAUGUUUUAUGUUAUCCAGCAUAUGAAAGCUUGUUAUUGGACUGUUUGAAUGCACAUAUGGUGCAAAAUUAAUAUGUCACAAAACUUUUCAAAUUUUCAUAUAUUGUACCUUAGGAAUUUUGGUAAUUUUUAAGUUAAAAAACGGUUCGUGUCGUCACGUGUCGCCGCAAUUUCGAAAAGUACAUCAUAAACAUCAUGCUUAGGGCUGCAUAAAAACGUUUAAACUUUUUGCAGAAAUUUGCAGUUUUUCAAAUUAGAGCUAUUUAAAAAAGUCGUGUUUUUUCAUAUGUUUUACGUUAUUUUUCCAUUUUUGACUGCAAUAAAAUUUAUCUUCCCACAUUUUUCACACGUUUUGAACAAACUUGAUUGGAUUUGUUGGAAAGAUGAUCUUUUAAUUAAAUUCAAAUUGAUUUUCUAACAAAAAACGCAAAAAAAUGUGGGGUUUGCUGAUUUUUACCGUUUUUGAAAUUAUUAAAGUUACGUAAUUUUUGAAUACCCCUUUUUAAACACUAAAAAUACUAUAUAUCAUAUCUAGACAACCUAUAACUUCGAUUGAACACAUAAAAAGAGUUUUGGCCGAACUUUAUCUUUUUCCGACCAUUGUGCAAUCAUUACUUUAUAUGCAAAUUUAAGGUUGAUUUAAAGUGGAAGUGGGCAAUUAUAGAAUCAAAUUAAGAUUAUACUGGUAUAAUCGUGAAGCAGUCGCAUAAUUGCCCAUUUCCACUUUAAAUCAACUUUAAGUUUGCAUGUAAAGUAAUGAUUGCUCUAAGGACACCGUUUAUCUGCAUGCAAUAAGGCUUCAGCACCGUGGUUACUUGGGUUGGUAUUAGUAAUCGUCAGGCCUUGACUGGAAGCGUUAUCCCAACACUUCGAAUGAAUUGUACCACCGUAUUAGGGUUUGUUCUCCAGGCAUCUAAGGGGCUGUCCAUAAACCACGUGGUCAUUUUUUUGGGACAUUUCAACCCCCCCCCCCCCCCCA